GCCUCUAGGACUGGUUCUUGACAUCUGCGAUAAGGCAUUCGCGAUAGCACGUCAACCUUGACUUCAUGGCACCAUGAUAAGGAUUGCGACAACUUGCUUCCGGGUGUAGCGACUACCAUCUACAAAUACUGAGCCUGGAACCAUGGUCUUCUCGAUCUUCGUGGAUUGUAUACGCUGUGACAUCGGACCCAAUAACGCAACCCACAAACCAGUCACUCUCUGUUGCAUGGGAUAUGAGUGCACCUCAGUACGCCGGCCACGAGCCGAAGUCACAAGAUGAUUCGAAACAGAUGGAUCAUAUCCAAUCUCAACAAUCGACGACACUAGACGAAGAGCUUUUCAACGUACCUGGUUACACUCCCGAGUUGCAAUAUACCCCACAAGAGGUCAGAAGAGCGAAGCUCAAGGUCGAUUUUCUGAUCAUGCCAUUCAUCGUACUCUGCUUCUGCUUUCUCCAAUUCGAUCGAACAAAUAUCGGCAAUGCUUUGACGGAUACCUUCCGCAAGGACAUCGGCGUUGACAACGCAGACAUCAACUUGGCUCAGACUCUGUUCACGGUGGGCUUCAUCGUCACUGAGCUCCCUUUCAACAUGAUCAGCAAGUACAUUGGACCGGAGCGCUUCUUACCAAUCACAAUGUUCUGCUGGGGUGUGGCGACAUGGUCUCAGAUCUUCAUCAAGAGCCCUAAUGGUCUGUGGGCGGCUCGCUUCUUCAUCGGCGCUCUGGAAGGAGGAUACAUACCUGGUUUUGUCUUGUACAUCUCCAGAUACUACAGCAACGAAGAACUCGGGUUACGAUUCGCCAUCUUCUGGGCAUCCAACAGCAUCGCAGGAAUGCUGGGUGGUCCAUUGUCGAUUGGUCUUCUAGCUUUGCGGGGCUCGCAAGGUCUCAAGGGCUGGCAAUGGCUUUUCCUGAUUGAGGGUGUUCUCACCUGCGUAUUGGGCAUGGUCGCAUACCUGUAUCUCCCACACAGCGCCGUCAAACCAAAGUCUUUCUUUGGGCGGUCUUUCAAUCUGUUUUCACCUCGUGAGGGUUCAAUAUUGGUGACACGCGUCGUCCGGGACGACCCGACCAAAGGCUUUCAGCACGGCAAGCCACUACUUCCCUCGCAUGUGGUAGCAACGUUUGCAGAUUGGCGCCUCUACGGCCAUCUGGUCGCAGGCUUGCUUUCGAUGGUCAUGAUCUCGCCCAUGAAUACCUAUGCGCCUUCAAUCAUCAAGUCCCUUGGUUUCACUGGUCUCCAAGCAAACGGUUCCAAUUCGAUAGGUAGUGCUUGUGCUUUGCUAUGGUCGGUAUCCUUGGCUUUCAGCAGUGACAAGCUCCGUGAGCGAGGUUUCCACAUCGCGUUGGGUUACCUACUGGGGGCUGCAGGACUGUUGUGGCUAGCUCUUGCACCUGCCACAGUAGGUCGCUGGACACUUUAUGGAGGAGUAGUCUUGACGCACACGGGCAUGGGGAGUGCCCAAGCGAUCAACGCGGCCUGGCUCACCGCGAAGAUGACAGAUCAGAAACGUCCUGUUGCUCUAGCUGCGUAUGUGAUGAGUAUUCAGCUGGCAAACUUUCCCGGCAACCAAUUGUUCGAGACCAAAGAUGCUCCUCGAUACUCACGGGGAUUGAAGACCGCUGCAGCUUGCGCGAUUGCAGCAGCAGGUGUCAUCUUGAUUUGGAAGUUAUUGUAUCGCAUUUUCGACCAUGACGACCGCGGAGUAGAAGUAGAGCACGGUGUGGAUCCAGUGUUGUCAACGCGCGAGCACGACAGCGUAUAGAGCAGCAAUUCGGGGCGGCUUCAUAAGUCCAAAUAGUCGUACAUUCGUUCGCAGAGCCAUCAUUUCCUCCGUUGUAGACACCUGCACCUGUCGCGUUCGAAAAGUGCUUGUUUCAGCCAUGCGCAAA